AAAUCAGUUUACUGCAAGUACUACUAAAGUGAGAACGUAAGACAUCAACUUUCAUAUUGGAUACUAAAACUUGGUUGCGCGAUUCAUUUAUUCAAAUCAGUCGAGGUAGAGUGGUACUAAGCUUCAAAAUGCAUGAAACGGUUGGAGAGUUUUACGAGGGACAGUCCGUCUUCUUGACUGGAUGCACAGGAUUUCUGGGAAAAGUUGUCUUAGAAAAAUUACUCUACAGCUGUCCUGGUUUGGAUAAAGUUUACAUUUUAAUGCGGGAAAAGAAAAGCAUGACCGCCCAAGAAAGACUAAAUGAGAUUUUGGAACAGCCACUAUUUUCGAGAUUAAAGGAGAAAAAUCCGAAAGCCAUCAAAAAAAUUGAAAUAGUUGUUGGUGAUAUUACUGAACCACGUAUGGGUUUGAAGGCUGAAGAUGAAGAAAUUUUAGUCAAUAAGGUAUCAGUAGUAUUUCAUAUCGCAGCAACCGUCAAGUUUAAUGAGCCGUUUGAAGUUUCCAUGAAUGUUAAUGCAGUUGGUACGAAGAAGAUGCUAGAUCUCAGUAAGCGCAUGAAAAAUAUUAAGGUUUUUGUUUACGUUUCAACGGCUUAUUCUAACAUUAAUGUUGCGGAGUCUGUUGAAGAAAUGCUGUACCCUCCAAAAGCAUCUCUUAAUGAACUCGAGAAGUUACUUGAAGUUGGAAUCACUGAAGAAAUAGUCGAAAAAGUUAUUGGAAAGAGACCAAAUAAAUAUUUACUAACGAAAGCGUUAGCAGAAAAUUUAAUUGCUGAUUGUCAUGGAGAAAUGCCAGCUGUGAUCAUUCGACCAUCUAUAGUAACGUCCAGUUAUGUGGAGCCGAUAGCUGGUUGGGUAGACAAUUGGUUUGGCGCAACUGGCCUCGUCAUUACUAUUAUGAAAGGCUUGACGUGUGUUCUUCACACGGAGCUUAAAAAUUUCCUAGACCUUAUACCCGUUGACUAUGUUUCAAACACGACAAUUGUUGCCGCAUCUCGGUCUUAUAGUUCAGAGGAUGUUCCGGUUUACAAUUGCAGUACCAGUGAUUGUAAUCCACUUACAAUGUUACAUUUACGUGAUCAGAUAUUCGCAAACGUAAGAAAAGACGAAUGUUAUAAUUUGUGGACACCAUACGUAUACCACACAAAGUUUAAAUGGAUCGUGAUUAUACUAACGUUCUUAUUUAGGACAGUACCAGCCUUUUUGGGCGAUUUAUAUUUAUACAUAAGAGGAAAAAGGACAAGGUAUAUGAAAAUAUUGUCCAAAGCCAUCUUAGUCCGUGAUUCUUUGGAAUACUUCACUUCAAACAGCUGGAUCAUACGUUCGUCGAAACUCAAAGUCCUGUUCAAUUCACUGUCUGCAAGCGAUAAAGCAACGUUUCCUUGCUAUCCCUCGGAUAUGGAUUGGGAUGAAUAUAUUAAAAUUUAUAUGAACGGUAUACGGGAGUUUUUAUUUAAGUAAUAUUUGUUUUAUGAACUAGGUAGGUUUAUAUGGUUGUGCUCAAGAGGGUAAAUUGUAUAAUUUUCCA